AUGUUCCUCUCGUUCAAGAAACCAACUGCCCUACGGUUCGUGAAGUUCCGUUUGUAUCAACAUCAGCUCGUAGAUAUUCACACGACUGAUGACAUACCACCUGAGUCUUACAAGGACGAGUAUGAAUAUUACCCAAUGCCUGCGGAGACCGUUCCUCCAAUCGGCCCCAAUCUACUGAUGCAUUUCUUUACGCAUCCAGACGAGAGCCCCUCAUAUCCGGUGUUACUACCAAGCAUACCGAAACGAAAGAACGACAAGCUCGAACCUUGUCCCAUACGUGGCAGCAGCCUUGGUUGGGGAAUUGACGUCGUGACUGGGAUCGACGAGUUCAAGCUCUUUGCUUUAGGCUUGAUUGGUACGCUGGCAAGCAUGAUUUUUGGAAUUGUGUGGUCAGUCGUGAGACAGGAUAUACAGGGUGGAUUUGCAGUUGCAGGUUUUCUCUUCACACUUUUCGCAUUCGCUAUUGCUAGUUUGAAAGCGCUAGACUUCUAG